GCAACAUCGGUUAAGAAACAAGCCGCGCACGUGUUGACAUUGUUUUCAUAUGACCAAAUUCAUUUAUUAAAUAGUUAAUUACAAUGUCUGACUUUGAAUUACAAGAGAGUGGCUCGGAAUUUGACUCUGAUGACAAUUCUGAUGCGGAGUUGCAAGCGGCAUUUGAGCGUGGCGAUUUAAAACCCGGUCUCAAUGUGGAGUUCAGCGGACAGCGCGACAAAAUAAAUGAUAUAACCAAAUUGCUGGCCAAGACACAGGCCAUACGGCUGGAGCUGCCAUGGGUGGAGCGCCUGGACAUGGUAAACAACCUGGCACCAAUGGCACCCGAGCUGGCUGUGCAGCUGGAGAAACACGAACAGAAGCGCGCCAAUCAGUUCAAGGGCAAUGCCAAAAUACCCUAUGUGCGUCCCGAAGAGGAUCCCGUGCUGAAUGACUUUAAGCGGGAAAUGCUGUUUCAUCGGCAGGCACAAAGCGCCGUGAUUGAAGGUAUUCAGCGUCUGCAUGAGAUGGGCAUUAAGACACGACGACCCGACGACUAUUUUGCUGAAAUGGCCAAGUCCGACGAACACAUGCAGAAAGUGCGCGCCAAUCUGAUGGCCAAGCAACAAGGACAGGCCAAAUCCGAGCGGAUCAAACAAAUUCGCGAGCAGCGUAAAAUGGGCAAAAUGUUGGCCAAACAGACGAAGGUACAGCGUGAGGCGGAGAAGAAGGAAAUGCUGGAUAAACUGAAGAAGUUCCGCAAGGGUAAGCUGAAGAAUCUGGACUUUCUGGAGGAUGCCAAGGCACUGGAGUCCAAGCAAAAACAAACGGCAGCUAAUCGCAAGUUGCGCAACAAAAAGUUCGGAUUCGGUGGCAAAAAGAAGGGAAUGAAGCGCAACACAAAGGCAUCUGCGGCGGGAUUAGAGUCGGAGAAGUCAACACGUCGUCAGCGUGGAGUCAAAGCUGGCGCCUCGGUCAACAAGCGAAUGGGAAAAUCACGUCGGAUGAAGGCCAAGGCUAGAAAGUAAAUGAUUAUCAGGCUUAUGAUUAAGUGACCAAACGUAGAUUUUAAAUGGCCCACAUAGAUUUAUUAUAACUAAAUACAUUUUGUAUGUACAGCAACUA